CCCGGCGGCCGCCGACGCCGGCGCGGAGGAUGGGCUCUGCCUGCAGCCAGGGCUGCUGCAAACGGGGACUCUGCUGAGUCCACCCGUCAAGUGGGCCGCCCGCACGGAUGCCGAGAGCUUCGCGGAGGCGGAGGAGGGCCCCUGCAUGCUGCCGGGCCUCCUCCAGACGGGGGGCGCGCUGCUGGCGCCGGCGGGCCUCGCGGCGCCGCUGCCCCCGGCGGCGCCAGAGGGCGCCUGGGAGAUGGGCGGCGUCGGUCCGGUGGCCUCGCCGCUGCCUCCCGCCAUGAUCGCCGUCCACGCCGUCCGGUUGCUCGGCCGGCAGGCCGCGGUGCAGGCCGUGGGCAGCGCGACCGCCAUGCUGGUCGUGGUGCUCCCCCUGAUGGCCGUCCUGGCGCUGUGCGGCUGCUGCCUCCUGCGGUCGCGGGAAGGCCCAGGCCACGCGGGCCGGGGCGCGUGGGACCCGGCGGGGGGGAAGCUGCUGGACCAGGCGUCGGCGAAGGGCCGGCCAGGCCCCGGGCGCUCCCCGGGCCCGUCGACGCACUCGCUGCCGCCGAGGGCGGGGGGAGGUCCGCAGCAGCCGCAGCGGCCGCAGACCCAGGGCGCCGUCGGCCUCGCUGGCGCCCACGCCGAGGAGGGCGCGCCCCCGCGCGCCGCCCUGGCCGCGGCGCCCUCCGCGCGCCCGUCGCUGGGCCCCGCCGGCGCCGCGAGCGCCCCGAUCCUGUGCCGGUCGCUGGUUCUGCCGAACCUCGAGUCGGUGUUCAACAUCAGCGCCGAGGCGCUGCUGAACCACCGCCUGGGGAACCUGCAGAUCAAGGGCGCGUCGGAGAGGACGCUCCUCGAGUGCGCGGUCCAGGAGCGGCAGCUGAGCAUCCGCUCCGUUGGGAACGACGCCCGGCCCCGCGCGACCGUGCGGAAGGACGGGGGCGCCCUGAACAUCUACGGCCGGGAGGACAGCUUCUUCGGCAGCCUGGAGGCGGCGAGCGGGCCCAACGACUGCGGCCUGGUCCAGGACGUGCCUGCGGUGCUGGCGGAGCCCGGCGGCCAGCUGCAGUUCCGGGCCUUCGCCAUGGACGGCCAGCAGCUCGCGGCCGGAGGGUGCGUCGGCGGCGAGUGGCGACUGCAGGUGCGGGCGAACGCGGACGCGAUCCUUAUCACGUCGUGCAUACUGGCGAUGAUCUUCUUCACCCCGGCGGCCCGAUCCAGCAUCCCGGGGUGGCCAGGGCCGCGCGAGAUCGCGCCGAGCGGGGAAACAACGGCGGGGCAGCCGAAGGCGAGAGGUUGCCGCCGUCCAGAGGUUGCCGGACGUGAUUCUGGCCCAGUGCUCCCUUACUUUAUUAGUGAAUUUGAUUGGUUUGAGGGUUUGAACAAUGGUGGCAGCCACGCAGAGGGCGUGCGUAGCGACGCCCCAAAUCCUCGGUCCCCAGUACUCCUACGUGGCGGCGCCCCCGCAGGCACGCAGAGGG